AUGCUCCGUUGGAUGGCAGGGGAUGCCCUUGCAGCUAGAGCCACUGCCAACCGUUCACGGCAUAUCGUUACGCAGCACCAUAUCGGCAACGUCCACACGGCAAGUUCAAAGAAGAUACCAAACCAGCUAUUAGCGCGCACAAACACAGAGCCUCGUCGCGCCAUCUCCGACCGUACGGGUCACGCCACUCAGGACCCUGCCACAGCGUUUCUGCCACGCAUGAAGAACUAUCCAAUGCCGCGUGAUGCUGCAGAACAGAUCAUACGCAUCAUUCUGCACGCACAAGAGCACCAGGGACCGACUGGCAACACAGUAGACACGUUUUCAGUCUGUUCACACGAGUGCGAAUUACAGGUGACGAAAGUGCUUGCGCGAGCCGAGGCACACACUUCGAGUCUGCGUAAGCUUGCAUCUACCAUUUUACAAGCGGUGCGUGAUACGCGUCGUCUACCCAUUGUCGCGUGUAUGUAUUUCGUCGCCUACCACCAGGGAGAUGAUGAUGCAGGGUUUUCAUGGGCCACCAUGGUCAUGGAGGGACUCGUUCCCACAUCGUCGAAAGAGUUGGAUGCCAUCCAGGCACAAGUCGCCGCCGCGACGUACUCACACCUCGCAAGUAAGGGUCAUGGCCAGGCCCAGUUUGGGAUGGGUCGACUCGUCCUAGCCAAAAUCACGUCGAAAACAGAUGAGCAACCCAACGACGAAGAAAUCAAGCAAGUGCAAAUGGCUGUGGACCUUUGGCAGCGCGCAGGACGCAAUGGAUAUGCAGAGGCAUGGUUUGAACUUGGGCAACUGUAUUACACUGGCCAGCUCGUGCGACAGGACAAGUCCCGCGCGUUAACAUACUUCGAGCACGGUGCUCGCGGUGGAAGUGCUCAGGCAAGCCAUGCACUAGGCACCAUAUACGCGGAGCGUGCACAGUCGAGUGCUGAUUCUCUUUUCAUGGACGAGGCAACGACUUUAUCUGCGCUAGCUGCCCGCUACUUUCUACAAGCGGCCCAAAACGGCCAUAUACCGAGUGCGUACAACAUGGGACAUUUGUACCUUUGCCGGGACAUCCCCAGCAAGGAGCACAAAUCACGGUACGGUGUGUUACCCGACGACAGAAAUGCGCGCGAGUGGUUUGCAGCAGCUUCUUCUAAGCUUUUUCUCCCAGCUAUGAUGAAUUACAGUGCGAUGCUACUGGAAGGACGCGGUGCAGGGGACAUGGAUACCCGAGAGGCGGACCUAGAUGAGGCACAAAGAGUGUAUACUCGGGUUAUUCACACAGGAAGCCGAGUAGCGAUGGGAAAGAGUGCACAAGAAUCGAUGGAGCGCAUGACGGAGACAGCACGGAGGGGGCUGCGGCUAAUAGAAGAGCAGCGCCAAUCUGCGAAGGCCAAGGAUUCGUCGCGUGGAGGCGAAGCAUCUCCACAAAGUAUGUGCACGGUCAUGUAA